CCGCGGUGGGUCUUGGGGUCGCGGGACUGGCAGACCUGGCCAGGCCCCGACCACCACCGCUGACAGAGGGCCAUGCGAAUUUGGGUCCUGCUGCUGGCCCAAAGUGCAGCAGCAUGCACACAAACUGGCCAAUUUGAUGAGGCGGCCUUUACGGCGUCCUUGUACGCUGGAUCCCUGGGGGGUGUCUCCUUGGGCCUGCUGCUGCUGGUUUUGGCUUCGUUGCCGCUCUGUUGUGGCGUGUUGAAGGACCACAGCAAGGCGAUCUCGACCAUCACCAUCAGCUUGGGCAUCUUAACCCUGCUGGUGCCACUGUUGGGAUCUCUGAGCGCUUGCGGGCCGUUCGUGCAGAGCGUGUGCAGCGAUCGGUGUCCUGGCUUCGAGUGCAGCACCCAGGAGAAGGAAGACAUCUCCCAAGUUUGCCAUGCCUUAGGUUUUUUUGUAGUCUAUAUCUCGGCCUUCGGCUGGGUGUCCUGCAUUGUGGGCGUCAUCGCGGCCAGCCUGGGCUGCUGUGUGUGCUGUCAAUGCUGUAGGCCAAUGCCCAAAGACCUUGAGCCGCGGCCCCGCGUCACGCCGCGCAGCGUGGCUAGUGUGGCGCCCCACAUUGCUUUGCCCGUGGGCAGUGGCAACGUCGGUCCCGCAGUGGGUCCCGCGGUGGGGGGUCCGGUGGCGCCGGGGUCGCCGGUGCCCAUGGAACGCCUCGAGCUUGGCGAGCGAAUGGACCUGGGAGAUUUGAAGGAUCCGAAAUUUAUGCCGGUGCCGCCGUCGGUGCCCAUGAUGGUAGUGGGCACACCCAGUCCCAAGCAGGCGGAUGCUUGAUGUGAGCGGACUGCUACAGAGGCAUCGCCCUACGGUGGACUUCGCCUGCCAACGGCACAGGGUGAUCCACAACUGGGGGAAGGAUUCGUAAACAGGAUUGGUGAGCGUAGUGCAUCUCAAUUUGGAAUUCGAGGCCAACACGGUUGGUAUGAACUGUGAAGUUCGUC